AUGCCACGAAAGUUGGACAAUGUUUCUCGCAUGGUGCGGGGUCACAUUGGCAUGUCUAUGAAUCGACUCAACUUGUUCAAUCUCCAACGAAAAACACCGUUGAACUACGUUGGGAAAACCCUAUAUCAACAGAAAUGGGCAGCUAAAUCAGAAACUAGGGCGUACCACGGUGAACAUUUAAAGGAAAAGAGGUUUAAAAAAGUCCUAUUCGAGCCUGAAUUGAAGACAUACUCCCAGCUUGAUGCGUCACUAAGGUCUCAAGAAGUAGCUCCGACGCCCAUCACCUUGCAAACGUAUGCCACGUUGGAAAAGAGACUCGAGUUUGCGUUAUUCCGGAGUAUGUUUGCUUCUUCAGUUAGACAAGCAAGACAGUUUAUUAUGGGUGGAUAUGUGAAAGUGAAUGGUGUGGUGAUUAAACACCCAUCUUUUCCGUUAAAGAGUGGUGACGUCUUUUCAGUCGAUCCAGAGAGAGUUUUAUACGCCUUGGGUAAAGCAAAACCUAGCUUGAGCAAAGCAAUAAAUAUUGAUAAUAAGCAAAUAAGGUACUGGAACCACUAUGUCAAAGUUGCUAGAAAAAAUCCGCAAAAAGUGUGGGAAAUGCAGCAAAACAAGCCUGAGUCUUUAAACUCUAUUGCCAACAUCGAAGCAAAGAAAAGACUACAAGAUAAACAAAAUAAUGGGGAAAGUGUCAUGAAAUUACAACAGCAAAAGGUUAGUAAAAAGUCCAUUUUGGGUGACAUUAUUAAUUUAGGUAAUGCAGCCGGCGCUAAUCUCAACGCUGACACUUUUGAAAAAUACGGAAGCAAACUCGCAAAGAGCAAGUGCUUGCAGGUUUAUGAAAACUUGACCCUGCAGAAGUCUGGUAUUUUAAAUGAUCAUUCCGCUAAAGCUUUAGACACUUAUUUCUCCAAAGACACAGAGAGAACACCGGAGGAAAAGACUCUGUUAAGACACGUGAACAAUUUGUUAAGGGAAUUAGAAAAAUGUGAGUGGGAGAGAAUACGUUUGGAGUUUGAAAACUUGAGCACAGGAGGUUCUUUCUACGAUCCAUCUUAUACUGAGAAACUAAACCCUGUUAAGUCCUUAAACAAGGAGGAGCUUAUGGAAGAUGAGUCCAAAGUUAAGGUUCUGUUGCCAUGGCAGAAGCACCUAUAUGGUCGUCAAGAUACAUCGAAACCCUAUUUUACUCCCUGGACACCUAGAGGUUUCCUUGGAGCAUUUGCAAUCUUGCCUUCUCACAUUGAAAUCUCGUUUGACACCUGCCAUGCUGUUUACUUGAGGGACCCAGUUGCAAGACCAGGCCACUCAGAAGUUAUUUCUCCAUUCCCAGAACAUGUGCAUGAAAGAGCUUACAUGUAUUACAUUAAGAAGGGAAUGUCCUAG